CGUGAACACAAUAGAAGCCAAAAACACCACGAAAACUCGUUUCAAGUCUUGCGUCUCGCACCUUCCACCUGACCUUUACGUAUUGAGCUUCAUCAAAUACUUCGCCCGCCAAUUUGGCCUUCGCCCUCUCCAUCUUAUAUUAUCUCGUACUCUCUUCCAGAUCCCCAUAUUCCUCAUUCUCUACAAAGCACCAUCCUGCGCAUUUCGAACUCAAGCUCAGCGCAUCCCAUCAUCACUAUGCAGCUCUUCCAGCUUCUCAUCGCCGCUGCCACAAGCAGCAUCGUCGUGGCUGCACCUCUCAACCCGGGCGGCGUUAGUCCGCGCCAGCCAAUUACCUCAUCGAUGGUCGAGGCUCGGAGUGGCGAAGCUCCUAGGUGCGGCUAUGUUCGAAUUCACGAAGGUGACGGCUACAUGGUCGGUGUUUACUCGCGCGGCACGUGCGAGCCGAUCUGGAAAGAGCAACAGGCAUCCCUAUUCCGCAUCGAUACUGCUGGGUGCAGUUGCAAGUUCUUCUCGCAAGUUUCUCGUCCGCAGUAUAGAGUGAUGUUUCUGACAAUGAACAGCUCGAAGCAGUCCUGCGAGAACGCCGAUCCGGUGCAGUCCUUCACCGGUCCGGCUGCAUCUGAGGAUAGGUUCGGCGGCGAGAAGCCGACAUAUGUGCAAUGCAACAGGGACGAGUAGCCCUGUCGCGGAAACAAACGCUGUCUUGU